GAUAACCUAUUAAGAAACCUCAAUAGAAAUAAUAUUUAUUUUUAAUAAAUAACUAACUACACCUAUAUACGUUAUUAAAUAUUAUGGCUGGAACAUUAUUUCGUUCCUUUUUUAACAAUACACUAUCACUUUAUAAAAUAAACACAUCAAAUGUCAGAAGUUUACAUACAGCUACAGUAGCAUAUGCAGCCAGGAAAGGUACUAGAGCUAAAGCAAGAGCAAAAAAAGUUAAAGUGGAAGUUACUAAAAUUGGUUUCAUCCCUCACAACCAAAGAGGAAGGGAUAAAUCAUUAAAGAUUAAUCUAAAUAAGCAUGCAGAUGACACUCAUAAAAUUGAGUCAAAAGAUGAUGUAUACCCUAUGAAAUACUACCGAUGGGUGGUGUACACAGCGGAAGAAGCUGUGAAAGCACAUCAGGAAACCCACCACCCCUCUAUGUACAAUGUGCCCGAUGCACUAGUGUAUGCACGGGUUGAAAUUAAUAUGGAAGCUGUUAAAAAGAAUAGAUAUGUAGAUAGUUUCACCCGGCUUUGCCUACUGCCGAACAUAUUUCCGCGUGAUGAGGAACGGACCAUACUUGCUUUCUGCAAAGGACCUGAACUGAUGGAUGGUGCGAGAGCAGCUGGUGCCACCACUGUCGGUGGUCCUGAGCUAAUAAAAAAGAUACAGGAUGGCACAAUCAAAUUAUUCGAAUAUGACUAUAUCAUCGCCCAUCCCAACAUCAUCACAGAACUUGUCCCGAUAAGAGGUUUGAUGAAACGGCGCUUCCCAAACUUACACUCUGGCACUUUGGAUACGGAUUUGGUGAAUUUAGUGAAAAAAUACGCAGCUGGAGUCCAGUAUCGUGUAGUACAGGACGAACACCAGAAGAAUUAUGGAUCUGUCGAAGUGCCUGUUGGACGGUUAAACAUGGACCCGAAACUGGUAGCCGAAAAUAUUGGAGCCCUAUUAAAAGACGUGCAGUCUGCGAGGCCAAAAAGGGAUGGGCUCUUCAUAACAAGGUGUAUAAUAGUAAGCCCACCUUCAGCAGAAACGCUUAAGAUUGAUCCAUUUGUAUAUGUAGACCGCACGCUUUCUAAAGAAGUUCAAGAUGACAGUGAUGAUGAAGUUGAUGCUGUUUCAGCUGCUGCCUGAAGAUCAAAUUGUUGUUAAGUUGUGUAGUAUGAAUUGUGCAUAAAUAUAUAGUAUUAA